AUGGCAACGACUAUCCACACGGAGGACGACGUAGCCGAGCUACUCUCGGAAGAAACUUGGAGUCUCGGCGGCGGUGGAGCGGGAUUGCAGCAGUCCAGGCGUGUCCCACCAACGUCCGGACAACAGCCGACAGCAAAGGAGCAGCAGGUCAAUGCCGACGCGGCAGGUCCAGCGGACGCACACCUUGGUGUGGCAUCGCAAUACAACGUGAUGUCCGCCACGAUUGCCCUCGAUAGUAUGUCCAACAACCGAUGA